AUGAGACAGCAAGGAGACAUGUUGUUCGUUGACCUCUUAAAUGCUCUUAGAAUUGGUGAACUCUCGGCACAGCAUAUGGCUAUUUUACUUGAGAGAGAAAGUUCUGAUAUGGAUGGAGAGUUUUCCAUUGAAAGAGCCUUAAGAAUCUACCCAACUAACAAGCAGGUAGAUGAACAUAACAAUCGAGUUCUCCAGUAUUUCAGGAGCAAAAAUACUAGUAUCUACAAAAUUCGUGCCCAAGAUCAACUAAUCGAUGCAACAAAAAAACUCAACGAAAAUACAAGUAUCGAUAGCAUCAUUUCAAAAGACAUUAACAAGACCGGAGGUUUACCGCGAGAAUUAGAAAUUUUCGUAGGAGCUAAGGUUAUGUUAAGAGCCAAUAUUGACGUCACCAAAGGUCUUGUUAAUGGAGCUAUAGGAUUUGUAAAAGAGAUUGUUUGGCCAUAUUUUCGCAGAGCUCAAGUGUAUGCCGAGGACAUACCAUCUGUUCUCAUCAAUUUCGGUAAAGACGGCAUACACAAAAUCGAGCCGAAAUCCAUUCAAUUUCCAGCUUUAUACAGUUAUGGAACUGCCGAAAGGCGAAUGUUGCCGUUGAUUUUGUCGUGGGCUUCAACUGUACAUAAAAUGCAGGGAAGUACUGUGGACUAUGCAGUUGCCUAUCUUGGAAAUAAACUAUUUGCUGAAGGACAAGCGUACGUAAGCUUGAGCAGAGUAAGAUCUCUUGUUGGACUCCGGAUAGAAGAGCUCGACUGCACAAAAUUAACUGGCAAGAAGCCUUGCAAUAAUGAUGCUCUUGUGGAAAUGGAGAGAAUGCGGAGGUACAGUGAAAAUGAUGAAAGAAUACGAAAUAGUACUGUCAAAAAUGCUUGA